AUGGGCUGCAUUUGUUCAAAAGGAGCCUCAGAACAGGAAAAGGUGGAGGAUUCUGACACGGUAGAACACCCUUUGAAGGAUUAUUCGGUUCAAUUGGUUGCUCCUACCCCAUCAUUGAGAGAUGACUUUGUAGCCGAAGUAAGUGGUCUUGGUGGUGGUGGUGGUGGUGCUGAUGGGUCAGUGCGCUUGUUAUCAAACACGGCCUCAAGAGCCAAUAGGAGAAGCAAUGCUGCUAAUGAUGAAGAUCCUAAUAAGACCCAAGUCAUCUCAAAACCUGGGAAUUCUAAUUAUCAAAGAUGGGCAACAAUGGAUAUGGAAGCAAGUGAAAAGCAAACGGUGAUGUCUAGGAUAGUGAGCAUGCCACAUGGUGCAGAAGGAGAACAAACUGCUGCUGGAUGGCCAUCAUGGCUAACUUCGGUUGCAGGAGAUGCCAUCAAAGGGUGGGUGCCUCGACGGGCAGACUCGUUUGAGAAGUUAGACAAAAUUGGACAAGGAACUUAUAGCAGUGUAUACAAGGCUCGUGACCUGGAAACUGGUAAAAUUGUUGCACUGAAGAAAGUACGAUUUGUAAAUAUGGACCCGGAAAGUGUUCGCUUUAUGGCUAGAGAAAUCCAUAUUUUACGAAGACUUGAUCAUCCAAAUGUUAUGAAACUCGAAGGGCUAGUCACUUCAAGAGUGUCAUGCAGUUUAUAUCUUGUCUUCGAGUAUAUGGAGCAUGACCUUUCUGGUCUUGCAGCAAUACGCGGCAACAAGUUUACAGAAGCUCAGAUUAAAUGUUAUAUGCAACAGUUGCUUCUUGGACUUGAACACUGUCAUAGUCGAGGUGUCCUGCACCGAGAUAUCAAGGGUUCAAAUCUUCUGCUUGACAAUGACGGUGUCCUUAAGAUUGGUGACUUUGGUCUGGCUACCUUUUAUGAGCCUGGUCAAAAGGAGCCAUUAACUAGUCGUGUUGUAACUCUGUGGUUUAGGGCACCUGAGCUUUUGCUUGGUGCCACUGCAUAUGGAGAUGCUAUAGACCUGUGGAGCACUGGCUGUAUCCUUGCGGAAAUGUAUGCUGGAAAGCCUAUCAUGCCUGGUAGAACAGAGGUGGAACAAAUGCAUAAGAUUUUUAAGCUUUGUGGUUCACCGUCUGAGGACUUCUGGAAGAAAACAAAAUUACCACAUGCAACUAGUUUCAAACCUCAACAACCUUACAAGCGUCGUAUUGCUGACACUUUCAAAGAGUUACCUUCUUCAUCUUUGGCUCUUAUUGAUAGACUCCUUUCGAUAGAACCAGAGAAGCGGGGAUCAGCUGCUUCGGCACUUAGCAGUGAGUUCUUCACUACGCAGCCACUACCUUGUAAUCCAUCAAAUCUACCAAAAUAUCCUCCAAGCAAGGAGUUUGAUGCCAAGCUUCGGGAUGAGGAAAAAAGGCGAAAAGUAGAUGCUUUUAAAGGACGUGGUACUGAAUCUGUUAGAAGAAGUUCAAGAGAUACCAAGGCAGUGCCAACGCCAGAGUUUAAUGCUCAGCGAGAUGCAUCUUUGCAGGGACAGAGAAACCUAAAAACCACAGGUCACAAGUACAUGCCCCAACGAGACAGUGUCUCUUGCUUUGCAAUGGAACCGUCUGGAGGAGCUAGGCAGAAUGGAUACUCGCAUUGUAGUUCAAUGAUACACCCUAGUGCAGUAGAAUCAUCAUUGAAUAAGACAGUUUCUACACUAAAUAAGUCAGAGCUAAGGACACAGAAAUCUCACAAGCCUCAAGCUGGAGCAGACUUUUUUAAUUCUUCCAAUAAGAAGGAUGAAAGAGUGCAUAGCAGAGAUUCCAGAAUGGGCUAUGUACCCAAAAACAGAAUCCAUUACUCUGGACCAUUGGUGCCCCCAGGAGGAAACAUUGAAGACAUGCUCAAAGAGCAUGAGAGGCAAAUCCAACAGGCUGUACGUAAAGCACGGGCACGUUGA